AUGAGCAACGUCCUCGACAAGAACCUGCGCGAGCUGGAACCUCUCACGAUCAGAGGACAAAGAAGGAGUUUCCUGAGGUACCAUGCCGAGACGUCCCGAAUGUUCACCGAGGCGCCAUCGUGCGCGAUCCAGGCGUGCGCGCCCGUGGCGCUCGGCACCCCGGCGCCGCCGGACCCGCGGGGCCUCCUGCACGCACGCGCGGCGUCGCCGCAGGCGGGCUGGCGGGCGGCCCUGCCGGGGCCGGUCGUGGCGCCCGCUCUCCUGCAGGACCCGACCCCCGGCGCAUCGGCGCCGCUAGCCCCCCGCCCACCAGGCAAGGAUCCCGAGAAGGCAAAAGCCUGGAGGCCCGGGCCAGCCAGCCCCCCUGGCCGCUUCGCCGCCGUGCCGGUGGUGCGGCCCCACGGCAGCGCCGGGCUCGUGCCCGCGAGCCCGGGCAGGGCGCCGAGUCAGAGCCCCGCGCCCUCCUACCGCCCCGGCGUGGUGCUGCUGGGCCCCGCGUGGGCGCCCCACCCCGUGCAGCACGUGGAGGCCGUGCACGGCGUGGAGGUACCCAUCAGCCCGAGCUGCUCCCCAGCCUGCUCCGCACGCAUCCCGCCCGGCGGCGGCGCCACGCGGGCCGGCUGCAGCGCCGCCGGCGUUCCCGCUUGCUCCGCCACGACGACCGCCGCCGAGCCAGUGUGCGCGCCGGGAUCGUCCGUGCAGAUCCCCGUGACCGUGCAGGCUUCCCCCGCGGCGCAAGCCAGGCCCGCCGCGCCGGCGCUGACGGCCUGGUCGAAGGCGGUGCAGGCGGAGCGCGUGGGCUUGGCGCGGCAGGACGUGGACCCGGAGGCGCUCCGGGAGAAGCUCGAGCGCAUCCAGCAGGAGGUGCACAGCAUCGCCGAGAAGCAGAAGCCACCGCCAGAUGACCUCGACACCACCCGCCUGGCGAUGGACGAGAUCGCGGGCACGCUGGAGCACGCGCAGCGGCAGUGCGCCGAGGCGAAGGCGGCCGAGGAGGCCCUCGGGGAGCAGCUGGCGGCCUCGGACCACCAGCUGCAGGACCUGCGGCGCAGGUGCCAGGACCCGGGGGGGGUCCGAUCCCAGGGGGUCGAGCGGGAGCACGCGCUGGCGCGGCAGAGCCUCUCGCAGACGGCCCGCGAGCUCGACGCGGCCGCGGCGACGAAAGACACGCUGGAGGAGGAGCUGAAGAACAUCCAGCGGGCCAACGAGAAGACCAGGACGGGCACGCGGCGCCGCGGAGGUGCCAGGAGCUCGAGGGCUCCGAGCACGACGUGCAGCAGCGGCUCCAGGCCGCGUCCCAGGAGGCGCUGCGCACCGCCGCGGAGAAGGCCUCGCUGCAGGCGGAGCUGGCCGCGGUGCGGCGGCAGACCGAGGAGGCCCUGCGCCAGGCGGGCCAGUGCCGCGACCAGGCGGCGUCCCUGGGGGACGAGCUGCUCGAGGAGCGCUCGCAGCAGGCCGCCGCGGAGCGGUCCCAGGCGGAGGCGGAGGCGCAGCUCGAGGCGUGCCGCCAGAGGGACGAGGAGGACCGAAGCGGAGCGGCUGCAGCAGGCCCACAGCGGCCAGAUCAGGCAGCUCUGGGAGCUCGAGCACCAGCUGCGCGACGGCGACGCUGGCCGCACGGGGCUGAGCCCUGGGGCGCUGCUGAAGGCGCCGAAGCCCCGCCGAGAGCCAGUUUGUGGAGAACGCACGGCUUCGAAAGACGCUGUGCAAGAUGCAGACCGACCUGCACCUGUGCGUCAGGCGAUACAACGAGCAGCGAGACGCCAUCAAGAAGUACCAGAGCAGUCCUCCGAUUGA